AUGGUUCGUUGGGGAAUCUUAGGAACCGGCGAUAAUGCCACCAAAUUCGUCAAAGACCUUCUCAUCGACCCUGCCACGCGUGAUGUCCACGAUAUCACCCACGACAUCGCCGCGGUCGCUUCGUCCAGCGCGAUAGAAAAAGCUCAGAAUCUCCUCUCCACUACCAACGCUCCGCCCACAGCUCGUGCCUACGGUUCUUACGAGGCUCUCGUCGCCGAUCCCACCGUUGAAAUUGUCUACGUCGCUUCUCCUCACUCACAUCAUUUUGCCCACACGCGUCUGGCCUUGCUCGCCAACAAACACGUCCUUGUGGAAAAGGCUUUCACAGUGAAUGCCGAGCAAGCUCAAGUGCUCGUGGAUCUGGCCAGGAAACGGGAUCUCUUCCUCAUGGAAGCUCUUUGGACCCGUUUCUUCCCUCUAACCCAGCACGUACAACGUCUCGUUCGAGAGGGAACCAUCGGGACGGUGCAGCGGAUCGUGGCAGAUCGGAACCUAGGUCGCAACGUGGAGGAACUGUAUGGCACCGAGCAUCGCCUGGUCAACCCCGCCUUGGCUGGCGGCGCGCUGCUGGACUUGGCCGUCUACCCACUGACCUGGGUCUUCCUCUUCCUGAGUCCCGACCAGCCUCUUGUUUCCGUUCCCCUGCAAACGGCUGGCUCCGUAAUCAAGUACACAGAAACAGCGGUAGACGAGACUGUGACGGUCGUCCUCACUUCCCCUGAAACCAGGACACAGGGUGUUGCGACGGCUAGUCUCCGAGCCACUGCAGAUCCGAAGGAACCAGGUGUCCGCAUUCUUGGGACAAGAGGACAGAUCCAAGUAUUUGGACCCGCAGCGCGUCCGGAUAGUAUCAGAGUGGUGGUCUAUGGGACCGCGGAAAACGCCUCUAAAACCGCAUUUCCGAUCCCGGUGGGCCAUGGACUGUUCUGGGAGGCAGAUGAGUGUGCCCGGCGCGUGCAGGCUGGCGAGCGCGAUUCGCCCGUUAUGCCCUUGGCAGAGACGCUAUUGAUGAUGAGGGUGUUUGACCAAGUUCGUGAGCAGAAUGGAUUGCACUACCCCGAUGAGAUUGAAGCAAUUGCAUAG